AUGAACAAAAAGUGUGCCAGAUGUGAGAAAAUUGUAUAUCCCAUUGAAGAGCUCAAAUGUCUUGAUAAGGCUUGGCACAAACAAUGUUUCAAAUGCCAGUCCUGUGGCAUGACAUUAAACAUGAGAAAUUACAAGGGAUUCAAUAAAGAGCCUUACUGUGAAGCACAUAUUCCAAAAGCAAAACAUACAACUGUAGCUGAAACCCCAGAGUUAAAAAGAAUUGCUGAAAAUACAAGAUUACAAUCAAAUGCCCAAUAUCAUGCCGAGUUUGAAAAGACUAAAGGAAAAUUAACGCAAGUUGCAGAUGACCCAGAAACAUUGAGAAUAAAAGCUAAUUCAAAAAACAUAAGUAAUGCAGAGUAUCAUGGUGAUUUUCUGAAGAAAGCAGAGAUGGAACAACGCAGGCAUUUAUCUAAUGGGAACAAUGCAGCAAAUAAUAAUGAACCACAAAAAAAAAAUGUCAUUGUCAACAAAACAAUUCAAGAAAUCGAUCAUAGUAACAGUGUUAAACCAAAUAAAGUACAGCAAAGUUAUAACAGUGGAAACACUAGGUAUGCGCCUCAAAAAGUCGAAAAUACUAGAGUAGAAGACUCUUCAGCUAAAAUUCCUGCAUGUUUAAAUCGUCAAUCUUCUACUUUAAUUUAUUCAUCUGAUAGUGGAGAUUUAAUUAACAGUUCAUACAACAAUCACAUUGGUUCAAUAGCUGACUAUGAUCCUAUUAAAAAACAACCAUCAUAUGGUGGUGUUAAGUAUACUAACAAUUCUGAAAGUCAAAACUAUAACCUUGGAAGAGUGUACCGUGCUAUGUACGAUUAUGAAGCUCAAGAUCUGGAUGAAGUUUCAUUUACUGAUGGAGAUUUAAUUGUCAAUUGUGCCGCUAUAGAUGAUGGUUGGAUGACUGGUGUUGUACAGAGGACAGGUGAAUCUGGUAUGCUACCAGCUAACUAUGUCCAACCUGCAGCUAUUUAA